AUGAUAGGUUUAAUCCUAAUAAUUAUUAUCUGUGUACUAUGGGUCCGCUUUAACCGCAAUAAAAAUGAACCUCCUUCGAUCCCUGGCGGUUUACCUCUAAUUGGACAUGCUCAUCGGCUCAUUGGGGAUAGUGUUAAGCUUUGGAAGUCUGUGGUAGAGCUUUCGUAUGAUAGCUUACGUUUAGGUGGAGUUCUUUCAGCCGCUAUCGGCCCUAGGACUAUUUACGUUUUAACUGAUCCCGAGGACGCAUUGACAGUUGCAAAUAGCUGUCUACAGAAAGAUGCAUUUUACGAAUUCGCCAAAUGUUGGCUUGGAGAGGGCUUGGUUACGGGAAAAUUAUCAAUAUGGCGUCAUCACCGUCGGCUGUUAAACCCAGCUUUCAGCCAAGUAGUACUCGACAGCUUCCUUGGAGUAUUUAACAGUCAGUCACGUCGUUUGGUAGACGAUUUGAAAAGCGAGGUCGGUAAGGGGCCCUUCGACCAUUGGGUAUACACUCGACAUAAUGCGUUAGAAACUAUAUGCUUAACGGCGCUGGGAAUAGAUUUUACAGAAAAAGGUGUACUAAAUACUCAAUACGUAAAAGCAACAGAACAGAUCUUCAAUGUAUUUGUUGAGAGGUUCCAGAAAUUCUGGCUUCAUAACGACUAUAUAUACCAAUGGUCUGGCUUACGGAAGAAACAGGACAGUUUGUUGGAAAUAUUACAUAAUAUGUCAUAUACCGUAUUACAAAAACGUAAGGCCGAUUAUUUGAAACGUCUAGAAACUGGUCAAGUCGAGGAAAAAACAGGAACAAAGUUCAAGCCCUUUAUGGACCUUUUGUUGGAGUUGGCUGUGGAAAAGGGCGCGUUUAAUGACCGUGAAAUACAAGAACAUGUAGACACGAUGAUUGUUGGCGGGCACGACACAUCAGCUAGCGUACUAAUGUUCACGCUACUCCUCAUUGGUUCACACCCUGAUGUCCAGGACAAGAUAGUCGAAGAACUCAAAGAUGUAUUCGGCAACGAUGACCGUGAUGUCACCAAACAUGACCUCUCCCAGCUGGUUUAUUUAGAGGCUGUUAUAAAAGAGAGUAUGAGAAUUUAUCCCAUUGUACCAGUCACAGCCAGAGUACUUGACAGGGACCUAAAGUUAAAGACAUACACGCUAUCAAAGGGUCGGACGUGUUUUAUGUUUGUAUAUGGCAUUCAUCGACAUCCCAUGUGGGGUGAAGAUCGUGAAGAGUUUAAGCCUGAACGCUGGUUAGAUCCAGCAAAAUUGCCAGAGUGUCCUACAGCAUUUGCCGCCUUUAAUAUGGGACGAAGGAUUUGUAUUGGUAAAUCCUACGCUUACAUGUCAAUGAAGACAACGCUGGCACACCUGAUGCGCCAAUACAAGGUGAAAGGAGACCACACAAAACUCACGUUGAAGAUAGACGUGAUGCUGAAGCCCGAAGCAGGACAUCAUAUUAGCAUUGAGAAGAGAUCUUGA